AGGCAACAGACCGAGCACGUAAGCGAACCAUAAAAUUGCCAGUCACUAACAUGGCCGCCCGCCCGCCUGGAGAAUGAUCAUACUGCCAAACACAAACAUGGAAGGCGCGAUCUCGCUCUUGGAACGUCACUUUCCUUGACGUAUGCGCUAUGUUUGGCGGCUGUAUUUGAAUUGGAGAAGUGAGUCGUAGUAGCCGCCAAGUGCCGGGCUGUUUGGGCUAUUCCCGGGAGCUAAGGAAACAUGCCGGGAGACAUGGACCCCGGGGACCUGGAUGAGUUGUGUUCACACGUCAAUUCCAAGAUUUCCCUAAUUAAAAAGACGCUGCAGUUAAGAAAUAUUGGGCAGGACCCGUCUCUGACCAAUGUGCUCAGUAAGAUCUCGUAUGAACUGCACUCCCUGUACGACCUCCUCAAUAAACUGGAAACUGAGGUUCAGCGGCAAGAGACCAUCGCCAACUCCCUCAGGGAGCUGCAGGCCACCGUCCUGAGAGAUUUCACAGAGGCAAGUCACCUGAAGGAAAAUAUCCCUCUGCAUCUUCCCAAGAGGACACAAAGCAGUAGCUCUGCUCCGGAGGAAGAGCCAGAGGUGGUGGUGAAGGUUGCAGUCCCUGAACCAACCAAGAAAUCCAGCAAGGAAAAGCCAAUUAAAGAAAUGGAUCUGAUUACAGUGCAUGAGUUUGGGACAGUGCCAGCGUACAUGAAAAACCGCCUUACAUACGAUCAAAUAAACAAUGUCAUAGAAGAACUGAAUAAGGCUGUAGUAGGCAAGUAUAAAAUCCUGCACCAGCCACUAAAAUCCUUGAGCAAUCAGGCCAGAAAGCAGUUCACCAGAUAUAAAGAGGAGGAGACCAAGGACACAAAAGGGCAGUUUUUUAUUGUGGAUCAAGAUAUGAAGGAUUUUACUCAAGUAAAGGUGGACAAACGGUUUCACGGGAUACUGAGCAUUCUACGGCACUGCCAUCGUCUCCGAGAGAUCCGUGGGAAAGGACUAGUGCGUUAUAUCAUUUGCUAAACUGCUGUGUAUGAGAAAGGCCUAUGUACCUCUCUCUCUCUCUCUCUCAGUGUAAAAAUAAAAACUGGUAAAUAGAUAGGCUGUGCAAAAUAAAAUGUGUUUCUAAU